UUUAUGAUUGGCAUGUCAUUUGCUGAACUAACAUUUUAUUUCAAUGGGCAUGUUAUAGUUGAUCAUUCAGUAAUGUAGAUGGAAAUAAUCCAGAUGCUUUUAUAAGUCUGAUAAUGAGAAAUGGAUGUUUGGUUUUGGGUAUGCCAAAUUAACUUAAAUACCAAAUUUGUUUUUAAUACAAAAGUGAUUGCUUUGAGGGAGAUACCAUAUGCAUGACUUGAAAUGGGUUCGUGAUGUAUCUCUUCUUUUCAACAUCUUAUGUGUUAUACUUCUGCAGUUACCUCUUGGAUAUUGUCUAUGUUGUAUGGGUAAAAAACGUCCAUGUUGCAUGUUUUUGACACUUAUUAAUUGAAUUGAGAUGUAAAAAUACUUCUGUACAUGCUUCUGCAGCACAAUGAACUGGAUCAUUGAGGGGACGUGCUCGCGCUACCUCCUUGUGACAGCAUUUUAAGGCACGUGCGGUUGCUAUGGGCGAUUGACAACAGACAGCGUCUGCUAAAGUUAGCAACAGCGAACUGGAUAAAGAAACAACUGCCAGCAGUUUAUUAUAAUACAGCGGAAACAAGUGCACCUUUGAAUUACUUGUGUUACUUUGUAGAGGCUGAGUCAAACCGGGAAAUGUCGAGCAUUAAUAUGAAUACCGUUUUAUCUGACAUGGGCUGGGAUGAGCGCUUUGCUAUCCCGGAACUCAACGCUGAAAACAAGGCUUUGAUAGAAGAGAUUCGUAAAAAAGAGGCAAAGUCGGUGCAACUGGAAAACAAACUUGAGCGAAAAAAGGAUCAGAAGCAGUUGAUGGUCGAUUAUCUCAAAAGUGCUAAACAAGAGCUGGAAAACACAGAGGCUCUGUGCUAUGCAAAGGAAAGAGAAGGAGAGUUGGAGAAACACCUCACCACCCUCGCAGAAAGGGAGAAAGGUCGCCUGGCACAGGACACCGCUAAGAUGGAGAAUGACCAUAGAUCUUUAGCAGAGAGGAGGAACAUGCUGGAGAACCAUAUCUUCAAGGCCAAACAGAAGCUAGAGGAGUUUAGGAGCCAGAUGAACUGGGACCAGCAGACCAUGGAUUCCUUUUUAGAGGAGUCAUCACGCAAAGAUGAGGACACAAUGGCCAUCAUUAAGUACGCCCAGCAAGAUGAGCAGAGGAUCAAGGCGCUCACUCUGGCCAUAGAGAAGAAGACACUGGAGGCAAAUGAAAGGCGCAAAGCGCUUGACAAAGAGUUGACUGAGACUAUAUCUGCACAGAUUGCUUUGGAUAAAACUACAGAAAAUUUGCAACAGGCCCAUCUGGAGACCCAGCAGCUCAUCCACCAGUGGGAAAACACUCUGAAGCAGAUGAAGCAGCGAGACGCUGAGAUGCAGCAGUGUGCUCUGCAACUUGCCCAAUCAAAGCAGAACAUCAGGGAUAGGAACGCCACCAUUACAGAGAGGAAGCACCUGCUGGACAAUCAGAAGGACAACAACAAGGAAACAGAGAGUAAGAUAACCACGGCCAACAGACUGACUGUAAAGCUGCGGCAGGAUUUGAAGGAGCAGGAGAAUAACUGCAGCAGGGUGAAGGAUGAGCUGGAUAGUUGCAAAGGCACACUGGGCAGAGCAACCUCCGAUGUGGAGUCUGUGACGUGCCACAUAUCCAGAUUGAAGAAAGACCUCCAGGAUAACAAUGACAAACUCAAGAAAGCCAGGGCCUAUAAUGUUGCGCUGGAGCAGAAGCUGGAAGUUGUGACUCAGACAGCCCUUAGUGAGGAGGAGAGAGCCGCACAGAUGGACCUCCUCCUCAAAGAUGAGGAACACACAAUCAAGGAGUUGGAUGUCCAGCUGCAAGACUGUAGGGAGGAGCUUUUCUGUCGUAAAGAGCGUUUGCAGGUCCUCAAGACAAAAGAGAAGAAUUCCAUCGCCCAGAUUUCGAGGAAUAAAUCCAUCGUCACCGGCCUGGACAGCCAGCUCAGAAAACUGGAGAAGGAAUUAAUGAGACAGCAGAUAACCAUGAGUGAACAGGACUCCCAGAUUGCCUCCCUGGAUAGAAAACUGGCACGGCUGCAAGGUGAGGUUCACACAGACGAAAAACAAAUGCUAGACCUAAAGAUCGCUGCGCUGGCCAGAGCCCUACAGGAGAAGAAGGAGACGGCCAACAUGCUUACCAACACGCUCAAGGAGUCUGAGGAUGAUAUUCGUCAUUUGAGGAAAGUCGUGGAGAAGUCAGAGUCUCAAAAGAGACAUCUGACCGAUAAGAUCGAGGAGUUCACGCUACUCCGUAACACCAAUGAAAAGGAGCUGAAGAGACUCAGGCUCAGGAAACAGGACAACAUGGUGGAGCACAACGUCAUGAAGAUAGAAGUCAAGCGUAUGAGGGAUCUGUUGUACAACAAGGCGGGCAGCGUGCUGUCCCUGGAGAAGAGGAAGCUGAAGCUGCAGAAAGCAAUAAAGGACAGAGAGGAAGAGGUCAAGGUCUACAGAGACAUGCUCGGCCAGCAGCUCAAGAUCAGUGAGCAGGAGAGGCAGAAACUCAGUGCUGAACUGAAUGAGAAACUGUCCAAGAUCGACAUGAUGAAGAAACGCUUUGAGGUUGUGACGCUUUCAAUGGCAGCUCCUGAGGGGGAAGAGGAGAAAUCGCAGACUUACUAUAUCACAAAGGCUGCACAAGAGAAAGAGGAGCUCAAGCGUAAGGGAGACAGUCUGGAUGCUAAAAUCCGCAAGAUGGAGCUGGAAAACAGAGCUCUGGAGAACACCAUUCAGUUGUUCAACAACAGUAACUCAACAUUUCGCAAAUCCCUCAACAAAGUCAAUGAAUCCAGUCCAGAGUACAAGGAAAGACUGAAGCUGGGAGAGCAGCUAAGGGCGGCUGAAGAGAAGCUGAAGUACAAGAAAAGACAAGUCCAAGAGCUCCAGCAGGACUUACAGGACAUGAACAAUACCUUGGAGAGUCUGCUGCAUGACGAGCAGGUGGAGAAACACAAAAUAGAGCACAAACAGUCGCUCAUCAGUAAACUGAACAAAGAGAUCUCUUCACAGCAGGAGAAGGUUGUCAGAGCCACAAAGCAGUGCUCGAAGCUGACAAAAGAGAUCCGCUCAGCAAAAAGCACCAACACCGAGACUUUUGAGGAGAAGGACAUUAAGCUGAGGGAGCUGAAAGAAUUCAAUAAGAGUAUCAACAAGAUGCUGAAUGAAACCAUGGAGGACAAACCUGACCUCAGAUCAGUGUUGGAGAAAUACUUCCUGCAGGCCAAUCUGUCUCUUCCUUCUCCGUCUUCCACUCCUUCCAGCCAUCGGAGCUCCAAUAUGAGCUCUGCCCGCAGCUCUGCCUCUCUUAGGUCUCCUGCGUCCUCAGCCAGCAGCAGCCCCAGGGCGUCUGCCCUUCACUCCCCCGUGCUGAAGACUGUGGAACUGGGCUUGGAUCUGACCGUGACCUCCCCUCCUCUCACCACCUCCAGACGUUCUAGCUCUGCGAGCAGCAGCAGAAAGUUGAAGAACCCAUAGUGUUUAUUAUCAUUCUUUAGUUACUGCUGUGAAUAGAGAGCAAGAGACAGAGCAUUACACUAUAUAGUUAUAUAGCUGCACAGAACAACUGUCUCAUCAAUUCUGAAAGUGGCAUAAUUUUAAUGCAUCAAUAAAUCUGUUAUGUGUG